AAUGGUGAGAAUGUUAAAACGCCCAUGUUUAUAAAAUUAAUUUUAAUUAAUAAAAAUAAUAAUUUAAUAUAUGGCUUAUUUAUUCUUACUCAAAAUACUCCUGGACGAUCUUUUCAGUCUGGUGAGGUAAAAAGAUUAGUUCCCUGGCUUUUCUUUGCGUGCUGCUAUCUUUUGCUCGACCAGCACUAUUAAAUGGUCAUUUCACGGUUCUACGCUUCCUUUGUUGCAGAUCAAUCUAAGAAUUCAAUGUUGAUAACCUCUAUCAAAGAGCUCCACGCUCGCUUAAUCAGAAGAAAUCGUCACAAAGAUCCAUAUGCAAUCUCUGAGGUUAUCAAAGCAUAUGCUUUAUCAUCUCUUAAUUUGGACAAAGCCCAUUUAGCUUUCGACUAUGUUGAGCGACCCACUUUGUUUGUUUGGAACAAUAUGAUUCGUGGUUUGUCGCAGAGUGACCAGCCAAGGAAAGCUAUUGACAUGUAUAUCCGUAUGUAUAGCCAGGGAUUUAUUGGUGAUAAUCUUACUUUUAUUUUUGUUCUCAGGGCUUGUGCUCGAAUUAAUGAUGUUUUACAUGGCCGAAAGAUUCACGUUUUUGCUAUUAAACUUGGUUUUGAGACCUAUCUUUUUGUUGGAAAUGCACUCAUUCAUAUGUACUCUUCCUGUGGCGAAUUGGGUUUUGCACAGAAAAUGUUCGAGGGAAUGACUGAUAGAGAUUUGGUCUCUUGGAACUCGUUGAUUUGUGGCUAUACGAAAUGGAAUCGAUUUGAGGACGUUUUGGGGCUUUUUGAAACAAUGCAAGCGGCAGAUGUGAGACCUGAUUCAGUGACAAUGAUGAAAGUUAUUUUAGCUUGUAGUUACUUGGGUCAAUAUGAAGUCGCAGACUCUUUAGUCAAAUAUAUAAAGGAGAAUCGUGUUGAUAUGGAUGCGUACUUGGGAAACACCAUAAUCGAUAUGUACGGGCGACGUGGCUUGGUAAUGUUGGCGCGGGAAGUGUUUGAUCAAAUGCGUGAACGAAAUAUAGUUUCAUGGAACGCUUUGAUCAUGGGAUAUUUAAAGGUAGGGAAUUUAGUCGUUGCAAGGGAACUUUUCAAUGAGAUGCCCCAAAGGGAUGUGGUGUCGUGGACUGCUAUGAUAACUGGUUACUCUCAAGCUUACAGGCAUAAUGAAGCAGUGACACUUUUUCAGGAGAUGAUGGCAGCUAAGGUGAAACCAGAUGAAAUAACAAUAGCUAGUGUGAUUUCAGCUUGUGCCCAUCUGGGGUGUCUCGAUGUUGGAGAAGCCAUCCAUGAGUACAUAUUCACUCAUGGUGUGAGAUUUGAUAUUUGGGUUGGGAAUGCUUUAAUCGAUAUGUAUUGCAAAUGUGGAGUGGCUGAGAAGGCCUUAAGAGUGUUUCAGGAGAUGAAAAUGAAAGACUCAGUGUCAUGGACUUCAGUUAUUUCAGGUCUUGCUGUGAAUGGUAUUGCAAAAUCGGCACUUGAAAUCUUCUCGCAAUUGUUAAAAGAGGGCAGACAACCGACUCAUGGAACCUUUGUUGGGAUUUUACUAGCUUGUGCUCAUACAGGAUUGGUAGAUAAAGGGUUGAAAUAUUUUCAAUCUAUGGAAAAGGUUUAUGGACUUAAACCAGAAAUGAAACACUACGGGUGUGUCGUGGAUCUCUUGAGCCGCUCUGGCUAUCUUGAAAAGGCGUAUGACUUUAUAAUCAAAAUGCCUGUGGUUCCAGAUGUAGUCGUUUGGAGAAUUUUGUUAAAUGCUUGCAAGCUUUAUGGAAAUGUGGCCCUAUCUGAGGUUGUCACAAAGAAGCUUCUUGAAGUGGAUCCUUGCAGUAGUGGGAAUUAUGUUCUUUCAUCAAGUACUUAUGCAGGUAUUGAUAGAUGGGAUGAUGUUGAAAAAAUGAGGCAAUUGAUGAACACGAACAAUGUGCAGAAGCCAUUUGGUUAUAGCUCCAUCGAAGUCAAUGGUUUAACAUCAAAUAAAUAACUCACUGAAUCGGUAACUGAGAUUUACACAUACAAGUACGGAUUUAGCACAUCAAUUGAGAUAAUGUGGUUGAAUUGGGUGGACCAAAACAUGUUGGCAUUGCCCUUUGAGUCAUUCUGAAAACUAUUCUGGCACAAUCUUCUUCCAAAACCAAUGGUUUCUCCAAACUGAAGCCAUAUCAUCAAUAGACACACCUUUAGUCUCGGGCAGGAACAUAUAAACAAAGAUGGUCAUAAGAAGGAUCCAACCAGCAUAGAAAAGAAAGAUUCCAAAUUUAAUUUCACAAAGCAGAGGAAGGAAAGAAUCUGCAACAACUGAGGUGACAAUGAAGUUCACAGCUACUGCAAUGCUUUGUCCAGUUGAUCUGAUUUCCAAUGGGAAUAUUUCACUUGGUAUUGUCCAGGCAAGGGGUCCCCAUGACCAUCCAAAAGCCAGAGCAAAGAGACAUAUAACAAAUAUCAACACUAUGAAUAAUGUUCUUGACAGGUUCUGAUUAUCAACCUUUCCCGCCAAGAUUAUGGCUAUUAUAAUCUGCUUGACAUAGAAAAUGAAGAACAAAGUUCAGAACAAAAAAAAUAUCAUGGUAAGAAAUAACAUACUGAAAUUUGAUUGUUUGAGUUCUUUCUUAACAUACUGAAGAUUUACCUGGCAUAUAAGCAUUACUAUUCCGCCACUAAUAAGUAGAACUCUGCGGCCAAAUCUGUCAACUACUGUCAUAGACAGCAGUGUUGAUAGAACAAGAAUUGCUCCAAUUAUUACUGAAGGAUACAAGAUAGUUUUGUCUUUGUAUCCCAUGUUAAAAAACAAGAUGGAUGUGUAAUAAAGCAGAGAGUUUAUGCCUGUGAGGCUCCGGAACAUAGGCACGAGGAUUGCCAAGACCAGUUGAGGCCUGUUCUUUUUCCAAAAAAUACUUCUAAAAGGGGUUUUAACUGUUUUAGCAAGUUCACUUGCAGAAACCAUGUCUUGAAACUCUGCCUCUACUUGUUCAGUUCCUCUGAGUUUCUCCAGGACUUUUUUCCCUUUCUCUUUCGAUCCUCGGUGAAUUAAGCUGUUGGGUGUUUCAGUAAGGAAUAUUGCUGCCACUAUCAUCAACAAGGCAAGUGCUGUAACCAAACCAAAUGAAGGACCAUAGUUGUAGAACAGAUCCACAGCAUACCAUGGUUUGGUGAGGUGUCUAUCUGUAUAAUUGUCAAUGCUUGCUAUCGAAAUUCCAAGGGAAAUCGCUAGCUGAAACAUAAAGUUUGAGCCUCCUCGGAAAUGUGUUGGCGCAAUCUCUGAUAGAUACAACGGAAUGGCCUUAACACAAUGAAGAAAACAGACUAAAUUAGUUUAGUUUGGAAUAAGAUCUCAAUAUGUAUCAUCCAAAGAUAAUAAGAAAAUAAGAUACCUGAGCUCCAAAGCCAAUGCCUAAUCCGAGGGAUAUCUGGCCAAUGAAAAAGAUAAGAAGAUCUGGUUUUUUGGAGGAGGCAAUUAAUAGUGCUGCUGAAACACAAAAAAUGGCUGCACUGAUAAUUAUACUCUUUUUAUGCCCAUAUUUUCUUGUAACAGGAGAAGCUAUGAAUGCAGCUACUAUGCCAGGGAGAUAUACUAUUAAUAACAGUCCAAAGGACAUUCCAGCACCAUCCUUGCAGUAAGAUUCGAAACUGCUUUUAUCUUUGUAUGAGUAAUCAGAGAACAUUUCAUAGUAUUCUCCUGUGGUUGCAAACCAACCUGCAUAUAUAAGAAGAAUUGAAUCAACUUGAUCCAUUAAUCAUUUAUCUUUAUGUUGACAUUAGAGUUAAUAUUGGUUUUAAGAUUCUAACAAGCUCCUAGGAUAUUGUGCUGCUUCUAUGUUAAAUUUCAAUAGAUCCAUACGUACAACUUUACACAAGAGUGAAUAGUUGUAUAGACUUGAUACCAGCAAAAUUAUGUGAAUGGUGUCAACCCGUUUCCCACAAUGAUUAUCAUAUCAGAAUGAUGUAUAUAAGUAUAUAUUUAAUUUAAUAUUAUGGUAGGUUUAUUAUUGAACAAAUAGAAUUUUUCAUCCAGAACUAUUAUCACAUUUAAAUCAUGUCAUCUAAAUUUUCCAUUCUCCCAAACUAGUCCCCUUAUAGAGUUUUGCCCAUUCAAUUACAUAUGGCCAAAAGGCUACUUAAUGGUAUUUUUGGAGCUUAGGUCGAAGCGCCACACAUAUAAUUAAAAAAAAUUAAAAAUUAUUUAUUACAUAAUUUAAAAAA